CCAUCCAUUUUUAAAAUUCAUUGAAGGAGGAUGUUGCAAUUCACCUGUGAGAACCAUAGCCACUUCUGCUUUCGGAAAGAGGAAAGAGAUUUCCACCCAAAGCCCUUUUCUUGCGCUGUUCUGACAAUAGCACAGAAGAAACCACAGGAGGAGAGAAGCUCUCCAGAGUCCUGGAGAAAGGUUGCUCUCCUGCACCAAGAGGUUUACCUCCUUGGGCUUCUCAGGAUCCUGUUGCUGACCACAACCAUCCAAAGAGGCUUAAGUUUCAGGGAUGCAAACAUGGGUUGUCCCCUUGAGGCGUUCUUCCUUGGGCUAAUUUCAACACAGUUGCUUUGGAAAGGUGUGAUACCUGAAAAAGUAGGGGAGUAUUACCUGAAAGCUCCUGAUCAUGUGUUGGUAGAGGAAGGGCUCUGUGCCAUGAUUCCCUGCAAUUUUACUUAUAAUAAACAGCAUGCCUUGGAGACUGCAGAAUUGAAAGGAUAUUGGAAGAAAGAAGAAAAUAAUCAAGUUGUGGCCACCUCUACUCAAAUAUCGGCUGAGAAUCACUUUCAACUCAUUGGGGAUCUGACAGCAGGAAACUGUUCUCUCCUCAUCUUGAAUGCCCAAGAAUCUGAUGAAGGGAACUACUUUUUCAGAAUGGAAAAAGAACCUAGAGCAAAAUACAGCUUUUUCAAAUUCGCUAAACCAUACCUGAACGUAACAAAAGGACAACUACCAGAAAUACAGAUCUUGGGGACGUUGAGAGCAGGAUAUUCUACAAAGAUCACCUGUGCAACUUUUGCAAGCUGUAGUUGGAUGCCUCCAAAGUUCACCUGGAACGGCUUACCCGAAGGCAUCGAAUCUCCUUUGCAGCUUAAUGGGACCCAGGUUUACUCAGUGGUGGAUUUCUUACCUUCUGUUGCAGACCACAAGCAGAAUAUCACCUGCAGGGUCAAUUACACAAAUGGGAGCAAUUCUGUUUCCAGAGAGACAACCAUCCAACUGAAUGUCACUUUUAAACCGCAGAUACUGAUCAGGGGGGAACAUUUUUGCUCCAAUAAAAGUCAGCAAAGCUUCAGAAACAUUUCUCAGCUCAAGGUACAAAAAGGGGAUUGCAUCCGGCUACGCUGCAAGGUAAAAGGCAACCCUUUGCCCCAGGUGACUUGGGUUAACGGAACCAAAGUCUUGAAGACAAAACCCCGAGCCUUGAAUGUCCUGGAGCUUCCUGAUCUUAAACCGGAAGAUUCUGGGAAGUACACGUGUCAGGCAGCCAACGAAUUAGGCUCUGUUGAAGCAUCCCUUGAGCUCUCCGUAACAGACCCAAUUAAAACCCUGCUUCUCAAGGUGACUGGUGCCCUUGUCGUGCUUGCUGUUAUCAUGAUCAUCACUGGGGUCAUCCUUGCUUCUAAAAGAAACAUUUGCAAAUUUGUGUAA